AUGCUUUGGCUGAAGAAAGCGUCUCACCUCUUCACGUCGCCGUUAGUCAAAGGCGGGGUGACGGGAGCCAAGAUUGACGCUGAAAUGUCAGGCGGUGUCACACCCCUACUCCUCGCUUCUAGCCUCGGCCUAGAUGAAUCCCUGGACGAAAACCGCGUUGACGUCAACAUCACAGGGGAGGACGGCUUGUCUCCUCUUCAUCUAGCAACGUUCUUGGGUUUCGAGCAACUCGCAUGCGACUUGAUCAAGAGCGGGGCGGACGUCAACGCGAAGGGGCCCGAGAACGCCACACCUUUGCUCCUCGCCGCACGCGCCGGUCGCGUGCAACUCGCACGCGAGCUGCUGUCGCACGGAGCGGACGCAUCGGCGAGAACGCAGGAAAACUUCACGGCGGCGGAAAUCGCCGCCAUCAAGGGUCACGAGGACGUGGUCGCGUUGCUUCUAGAGCAUCAAACGGACGCGAGCGCCAGGCAAUCGGAGGCGGAAAUGUUGAUGCGACUGGCCGUCAGAUUCGGUCAGGCGGCUGUCGUGCGGAGGUUGUUGGCCAUGGGCGUGGACGUUAACACAGCGGGCGCGGAUAUGAACACAGCUCUACACCUCGCUGCCCUACACAGUCGCACCACCGUUGCCUCCGCGCUGUUAGAAAACGGCGCCAAUGUCGACGCGAAGGACCAAAACAACUGGAGUCCUUUGCAUCUGGCGGCCAACGACGGCAACCAGGAGAUAGCAGAACUUCUCCUUCAAUACGGAGCAGACCCUAACGUCAAGAACCGACGACCUUCUACCGGCAGAAAUAUGGUGGAAGGUCCGUACGGAGCUUCCGCGUUGCACUUUGCGGCGUACAAGGGCCACGGGCCGGUCCUUGAGGUACUCCUGCAGUACGGAGCGAACGUGAAUCUCAAGGACGAGACCAACAGUACCGCUCUGCACCUUGCGGCGAGCAACGGUCACAACCCUGCAGUGAAACUGUUGCUCGCAUGCAAUGCUGACAUUUCCGCUAAAGAGGACAGCGGCUUGACGGCGCUGCAUCUGUCAGCUUUAUACGGACACGCGGACGUUGCAGAGACUCUGUUGGCCAAAGGCGCCGACACUAACAACAGAAGCUUCGAAUUCCGCACACCUGUGCAUCUGGCCGCGUACAGCGGCAGCACCGUCAUCCUGGACCAUCUGUUCCGGAAUCAAAAUCCUGACGUGAACCCCAAGGACAAGGAGUGCUGGACGCCGUUGCAUUUCACGGCGUUCCACGGGCACAGUGAAGCCGUGGCGUGGUUGAUCAAACGCGGGGCGGAGGUGAACGCCAAAGAGAGCGACAGCGCGACUCCUCUGUUUUUGGCGGUGAUCAACGGACAUGAACACGUCGCGGAGACGUUGCUAGAAAACGGCGCUGACGCUAACGCAGCAGACAGCCGCGGGUAUACGCCUUUGCUUGUGGCACACAGUGCAGACCUUGAUUGA